AUGAAGGUUGGUUUGCAAAAGACAAUUGCAAUCUUAAAAGUUCUGGUUUGCCAAGUUCUUUACACUGAGUUUCAGGUAUAUGGGGCAUUCAGUUUUUUCUGUGAUUAUUACAGCAAUGCCUCAACUACAGAGGUCACACUUACUAUAAUUGUACCUGGUCCUACUUCUGGUCCUGGUCCUACUUCUGGUCCUACUUCUGGUUCUGGUCCUACUUAGGGCCCUGGUCCUACUUCUGGCCCUGGUCCUACUUCUGGCCCUGGUCCUACUUCUGGCUCUAAUACUGUACCUACUGCUGCACGUACCAUUAUAACUGGUCCUACUUUUUCACCUACUACAGUUGUUGAUGAUGAUGAUGAAGGUAAUAUUACUAAUGAAAAUAGACAUGAACAAACACUGGUUCUAGCAUAGACUGCUUGCACCAGGAUUGCAACCAUUUUAAAUAUCUUUAUGAAGUUCAAAACACUUAGUUGAUUAACUUUUACAUUGAGAACAUGUUCAGAGAAGUAAUAUUUUUAAUUUUAUAGUUGACACAAUAGAUCUUACUGUUAUGGACAAGUCUGUAAAAGACAUAUUGGUCCAUAGAACAAAUGUCAUGAAGGAUGUAAUCAAAGAGUUCAAAGAUAAAGAAAUGCUUAAUUACAAUCUUAAUUUAAGAGUAAUUGCUAGUAAUGGUGCACUUAG